AACAGCAGCAGCAGCAGUAGCAACAAUAACAGCAGCAGCAGUAGCAGCAGUAGCAGUAGUAGCAGCAGCAGCAGUAGCAACAACAAUUUAACGAACGAAUUACCGGAACUCGUGAUGAAGGAAAAAAGUAAGACAGCGGCCCGAUGGCGCCGUGAAAAAGAAAAUAAAGAAUAUCUCGAGCUUGGAAAACUUUUACCCCUGCCGUCAACGAUUACAUCGCAAUUGGACAAAGCUAGUAUCAUCAGGUUAACUACUAGCAAUCUCAAAAUGAGAGCACUCUUUCCUCAUGGUUUGGGAGAUGAUUGGGGUUCUAGACCACCUCCUAGUAGUCCUUUGGAAGCUGGUAUUAAAGAAUUAGGCUCACUUUUCUUGAAAACUCUCGACGGUUUUGUAUUCGUCGUGACACCUGACGGAAAAAUUGUUUACGUUAGCGAAACGGCCAGCGUUCAUCUAGGAAUGUCUCAGGUUGAAUUAACGGGAAACAAUAUAUACGAAUAUAUUUGUCAGAGCGAUCACGAAGAGAUGUUUUCGGUAUUGAACCUACCACAAAAUCCGGCCGAUUUUACUGAUUUUAUGUUUCCAACGCCAAACUCGCGCGGUGAAAUCGACCUAGAACGUAUUUUCUUUUUAAGGAUGAAGUGCAUCUUAGCGAAGAGAAGCGCAGGUCUUGUUACCGAAGGAUACAAGGUUAUACACUGUUCGGGUUAUCUCAAGUGCAUCAUUGAAAGUUCAACCGGUCCGGAAUUUGAAGAUGGUACUAGUAGAUGUAUCAGAAAUAUCUGUCUUCUUGCCGUCGGCCAUUCCUUCCCGACGUCGGCCAUUACUGAAAUCAAACUUUACAACAAUAUGUUCAUGUUCAGGGCGUCGUUGGAUCUUAAAAUGUUAUUUAUCGAUUCGAACGCAACAAAUUUAACAGGCUACACACCGCAAGAUCUUAUGGAGAAGACCCUUUACCAUUACGUUCAUGGUAGCGACGCUUUUAAUCUGAGACAAGCACAUCGAGUCUUAUUAAUAAAGGGUCAAGUUACAACGAAGUACUACAGAUUUUUGACGAAAUUAGGCGGAUGGGUUUGGAUGCAGUCAUAUGCUACGAUCGUUAACAAUACCAGAAGUUCUAGACCACAUUGCAUCGUAUCGGUGAAUUAUGUUUUAACCGAGAUCGAAAACAUUGGGCUGGUGUUGAAUUGCGUCGAGGGACCUUGUUUCACGGGUCCAAAUAAUCCAUCUGGUACUGCCCUGUCGACACCAACGAUUAGCGCUAAUACAAACAAAUUGGAAAACCAAAUACCAAGUUCGCCAUCUUUUCGUGGAAGAGUCAAGGAAUCACCGGAUACGGAAUAUACCGAUAGUUCUAGUUAUUCCGGUACAGAAUUUAUUACCUGUUCUAAUUACACCCAUUUCCUUUCGUCUUCUUAUCCGGUUAACGGACCAUUGCUCGAAGAUGGUACUUACUACAAUUCCGAAGUUUUUCACCUAUACGGAGAUAUAAAUCACGAUCCACUUGCAACGGUACCUCCCCCACAGCCACAACAACAGCAACCACCACCACCACCACCGCCAUCACAACAACAGCAACAACAACAGCAGCAACAACAGCAACAACAACAGCAACAACAACAACAACCACCACCACCACCACCAUCUCAACAACAACAACAACAACAACAGCAACAACAAUCACAACAGCAAGAAACUCAUCAUCAUCAAAUACUGCAUCAAACUAGUCCUCAGGAUAAUCCAAAACGUUCGCAAACGCAACAGGAACAAUCUCAUCUUCUUCAUCAUGGCUCACCAUUGGCCAAUAUUCAACAGCAACAACAACAGCAACAACAACAACAACAACACAGUCCUCAAAGUAACCAACAGAGGAGGCCAUAUUCAACGUCAUCGAGUUCUUGUGGUAGCACCGAUACAAUCGAUAAUCAUUUACCUAGUCCAAUUGGUUUACAUUCUAUCCCAACUGGUUAUCAUCCACCACCACCACCUCCCCAUCCUCAUCCUCAUCCUCACCAUCAUCACCAUCAUCACCAUCAUCACCAUCAUCAUCAGCAGCAACAGCAACAGCAUCAACUUGCAGACUCGACCUCGUCUAGGAUCACGGAAACAGGUGGCAGUGUAAUCAUGUAUUCUGACUGUAGUUAUGAUAACAACGACGUUUAUAAUGGUGUACCAACUCCUACGAGUCUUCAGCAACAUCACGAUGCACCAUAUCAAACUCAUAGAAAUACAACUAAUAAUUCUACGAGUAACAAUGUAAAACAACAUCGUCAUCACCAUAUCGAACAAUCAACAGCUGCUGGUUACACCAGCGUCAUAGUUGACUCACAACAAUACAGUCCAAAUGGGACGCAAGAUCUUAAUCCUCAUCCGCAUAAUCAAAUAGUCACGUCUAACGGUAGCACGUCUCCACUUGUAACGCAUCAGCAUUAUUACGAAACCCAUCCUCAAUUCGUUCACUGACACCAAACUAUUAAGAGGAGGUUUAUUAUAAUCGUCGUGACUUUGACAAACCUUACGAAUUCAAUGAUUUUUUUUUCGAUUCAAAUCUAGGCCGUCACCAUUCGUCAGAUGCAUAUUAUAAUGAAAGAAUAUAUGAGAGAGAGAGAGAGAGAGAGAGAGAGAGAGAGAGAGAGAGAGAGAGA